GGGCCAAUCCUGUUGCUGCUCGGUGCGUCGACGCCACUGAAAGAGAGGGGCGGUGUCCAAUGACGAGGGUCGGCGGGGUACGGGGGGGGGGGAUGGAGGAGGAGGAAAGGGGGUGGUAUGUGUGGGGGGAGCGUCGGUGUGGUGUACUUCACCACCCCUCCUAUGGGUUUACACAGAGUUAGUGCAAGAUAUUCUGCUCUGGGAGUGAGAGUGCAAGGAUAAACGGCACAUACACGCUGCGCAUCGGUGUCACACCAAACAGCUUUUAUAUUGAGGUGGGCAUUUCUGAGAGGGAUCGACUCUGAGAUUUUUCUUUUUUUUUUUCUUCUUCUUUUUUUGCAUAGAUGCCUUCAUUAUCUUUUUCUUUUUAACCUUGUGUCUACGCCGGCUGAUUAUUGAUGGUGCUCCGUGAACUUGAAACAUGACAGGACAUAAGCGUCUCCUCUUGCGUUCACCUCGUCGGCGCCUUCACCUUAACAGGUAGCCGGGGGAGAAAGAGAGCAAGCAAGCGAGAAAGAAAGAAAGAAAAAGAAAGAAAGAAAAAAAGAAAGAAAGAAAAAGACCACAAACGCCGUUUUUUUUCUUUUCUUUCUCCGGGACGUGUACGGAAGAUGAGAUUUGAUUUUGGGACCCGUUUUAAAUGGAAGACACCACAAACCACUGACCACCUGGCUGUGUCUGCUGGAGAGCGACGCUGAUCACCGCAAUCACCGCAGGUCGCACAAUUAGAUCCUGUCCAUUCCUGAAGUUAAAUGGGGGAAACGGAACUGCGACAUAUGCAGCCUUUAAUUUACCCCAGUUUGUGCGACCAGCUGCUUUUAUCCAAAAACCUGUUCUAGAGUCUGAUUACUCCUGCGGGGCGAUUAUAUAUAUAUAUAUUUUCCUCUCUCUCUCUUUCUCUCUCGCUCUCUCUCUCUCUCUCUCUCUUUCCUGGACCCAAAAGCUAGAUCUGGCUGAGAAGGAUAUCUUUACCCGAAUAAGCUCGCAGGCACACUGGAUGAGAAGACUAUGAGCUGACACACUCCAGUUUUUUUUUUCUUCUCUCUCCUGCGCUGUAACGGAUUUGGGUUUGUCCGUGGAAGAUUCCUGCCACCACAUGCAAGGGAGUCACUGCCUGUUACAACAUUGCAUAGAAAAAAACCUUUGAGUUGUAAAGGUUGGAAACGCAUUCACGCUAUCAUGGAUCUAAAAGACUAUUACCUGUUGGGCGCCCUACUUGCCUGCAUCUGGCUAGAUCCUUCAAUAGCCCAAGAACUAAUCUACCCCAUCAGAGAGGAGCUGCAAGAAAAUGUCCUCAUUGGAAACAUACCAAAGGACCUAAAUAUUUCCCAUACAAAUGCUGCCACUGGAGCGAGUGCUAAUCUCGUGUACCGACUUGUCUCCAAAGCAGGAGAUAACCCACUGGUCCGCGUUCUGAGCAGCACUGGCGAGAUAUUCACAACAUCUAACCGAAUCGACAGGGAGAAGUUGUGCCCCGGUCCCUCGUUUGAGGACAGCGAGUGCUCCUUUGAAAUCGAAGUGGUCAUUCUGCCUAAUGAUUAUUUCAGGCUGAUUAAGAUCAAAAUAAUUGUCAAAGACACAAAUGAUAAUGCCCCCAUGUUCCCGUCCCCUGUGAUCAACAUCUCCAUCCCCGAGAACACGCUCAUUAACAGCCGCUUCGCUAUUCCUUCUGCCACUGACCCAGACACUGGCCCCAACAGUGUCCACAAAUACGAGCUGAUCAACGGGCAGAGUGCCUUCGGCUUAGACAUCGUAGAAACGCCUGAGGGGGAGAAGUGGCCCCAGCUUAUUGUGCAGCAGAAUCUGGACAGAGAGCAGAAGGAUACGUAUGUGAUGAAGAUUAAAGUGGAGGACGGUGGCAGUCCACAGAAAUCCAGCACUGCUAUUCUCCAAGUUACAGUAACAGAUGUCAAUGAUAACAGGCCGGUGUUUAAAGAGGGGCAGAUAGAAGUGCAUAUACCAGAAAACUCCCCUAUUGGCACUUCUGUUGUGCAGCUUCAGGCCACAGAUGCAGACAUAGGGGCAAAUGCAGAGAUACGUUAUGUAUUUGGGACUCAGGUGUCUCCUGCUACAAAAAGACUCUUUGCAUUAAAUACAACAUCUGGCCUAAUUACAGUGCAAAGGCCCCUGGAUAGAGAGGAGACUGCUAUUCAUAAGCUGUCUGUUUUAGCGAGCGAUGGCAGCUCUAGUUCUGCCAGAGCUACUGUUACCAUAAAUGUGACUGAUGUUAAUGACAAUCCACCUAAUAUAGACCUGAGAUACAUAAUCAGUCCCAUAAAUGGCACUGUUUUCCUCUCGGAGAAGGAUCCCAUCAAUACCAAGAUAGCUCUCAUCACCGUGUCAGACAAAGACACUGACAUUAACGGCAAGGUCAUUUGUUUCAUAGAAAAGGAUGUGCCCUUCCAUCUCAAAGCCGUGUACGACAACCAGUAUCUGUUAGAGACAUCUGCACUGCUCGACUAUGAAGGGACCAAGGAAUACAACUUUAAAAUUGUAGCUUCUGACUCUGGAAAACCAAGCUUGAAUCAGACUGCCUUAGUAAGAGUGAAGCUGGAGGAUGAGAAUGACAACCCACCUAUUUUCACUCAGCCAGUUAUUGAGCUGGCUGUUAUGGAAAACAACAAACGCGACCUGUUCCUCACUACUCUCAGCGCCACCGAUGAGGACAGUGGGAAAAACGCAGAGAUUGUUUAUCAGCUGGGACCAAAUGCAUCAUUCUUUGAUCUUGACCGCAAAACGGGGGUCCUGACGGCGUCCAGGGUUUUUGACCGAGAGGAUCAGGAUAGGUUUCUCUUCACUGUAACGGCAAGAGAUAACGGGACACCCCCUCUGCAAACGCAGGCAGCUGUUAUUGUAACUGUGCUGGAUGAAAAUGAUAACAAUCCUAAGUUCACACAUAACCACUUUCAGUUCUUUGUGUCUGAGAAUCUUCCUAAAUACAGCACCGUGGGGGUGAUAACUGUGACAGAUUCAGAUGCUGGAGAAAAUGCUGCUGUUUCUCUUUCUAUACUGAACGACAAUGAGAACUUUAUACUGGAUCCUUACUCUGGGGUGAUAAAAUCUAAUGUGUCAUUUGAUCGGGAGCAACAGAGCUCCUACACUUUUGAUGUCAGGGCUGUGGACAGUGGCAGGCCUCCUUGCUCCUCAGCUGCCAAGGUGACCAUCAAUGUCAUUGACGUGAACGACAACACCCCAAUCGUCAUCUACCCCCCCUCCAACACAUCUUUCAAGCUUGUCCCUCUCUCCUCUAUCCCAGGAUCUGUGGUGGCAGAAGUGUUUGCAGUAGAUGGUGAUACAGGGAUGAAUGCAGAACUAAAGUACACCAUUGUUAGUGGGAACAACAAAGGUCUGUUCAGAAUUGACCCUGUCACAGGAAAUAUUACUCUGGAAGAAAAACCAGCAGUGACUGACAUAGGGUUACAUAGAUUAGUGGUCAAUAUCAGUGACCUGGGAUAUCCCAAAUCUCUCCAUACUCUGGUGCUGGUAUUUCUGUAUGUCAAUGACACUGUGGGUAACUCAACACUCAUCUAUGAUCUCAUCCGACGCACUAUGGAGACCCCGAUUGACCGCAACAUUGGUGAAAGCAGUGAAACCUAUCAAAGUGGCGACUAUUUAACCAUAAUGAUAGCAUUUGUGACGGGUGCCUUAGUAGUGAUUAUUGUCAUCUUUGUCACGGUGCUGCUGCGUUGCCGCCACGCUUCAAGGUUCAAGGCUGCGCAGAGGAAAAAACAGGGGGCUGAGUGGAUGUCACCCAACACAGAGAACAAGCAGAAUAAGAAGAAAAAGCGCAAGAAAAGGAAAUCCCCCAAAAGCUCCCUGCUCAACUUUGUCACCAUCGAGGGGAACAAACCUGACGAUCCUGCGCACGAGCCAAUCAACGGAACCAUCAGCCUGCCCACCGAGCUUGAGGAGCAAGGGAUUGGACGCUUUGAUUGGAAUGCAACACCUACCACAACCUUCAAGCCUAGCAGCCCAGACCUGGCCCGGCACUACAAGUCUGCCUCGCCGCAAUCGGCCUUCCAUCUCAAGGCCGACACGCCGGUCUCAGUGAAGAAGCAUCACGUGAUUCAAGAGCUCCCAUUGGAUAACACAUUUGUCGGGGGCUGUGACACCCUUUCCAAGAGGUCCUCCACGAGCUCCGACCACUUCAGUGCCUCAGAGUGCAGUUCCCAAGGAGGGUUCAAGACGAAGGGGCCCAUGCACACCAGACAGCAGUCGCAGCGGCGCGUCACGUUUCACCUGCCGGAUGGCUCCCAGGAGAGCUGCAGUGACAGCGGUCUGGGGGACCACGAGCCUGUAGGCAGUGGCUCCCUCCUCACACAACCUCUCCCUCUGGUGCAGGCGCAGGAUGACUUCUACGAGCAGGCCUCCCCUGAUAAGAGGACUGAAGCUGAUGGCAACUCCGAUCCCAACUCUGGUGAGUUGUAAAAUGUCUCAUGGCAUACUACUAUUUCUUUUUAAUUUGUAUGCAUGGUUGGCUUCUUUGGAUUUCUCUCUCUGUGUCUCUUCUUCUUCCCUUUGCUGUAUGAUAAAACACC